UUCUCCAGAAUGAAAACCCCAACAAACAGCAUGAAUUAUUGCAUAACCUCACCCAACUGCAGAACACUCUGGAAAUCUGCCAUCAGCAAAAAGAUGAUCUCCAAGCAAAGAACACAAACCUCACAAAUAUUGUGAACAUUAAAGUUCUGCAGAACAAAACCCUCAACAAGCAAUGUGAAAUUGUGGACAAUAUCACCCAACUGCAGAAAACACUGGAAAUCUGCCACCAGCAAAGAGAUGAUCUCCAAGCAAAGAACACAAACCUCACAAAUAUUGUGAACAUGAAAGGAGAUAAAUGCAGACCUUGCCCAGAGAGCUGGAUACAGCAUGGAGAGAAGUGUUACCAUUUUUCGAAGGAAAUGAAAACAUGGCACAAGAGUAAAGAAUACUGCUCUUCUUGGGGAUCCUUACUGCUUAAAAUAGAGAACAAGGAAGAGCUGGAUUUCAUAAAGUCUCAGGCCUCAUUUCACUGGAUUGGAUUAUCCCGUACGGCAAUUGGUCAUGGCUGGGUGUGGCAGGAUGGCACAGCCCACUCCACUGACCUGUAAGUCUCAGGCACACCUAGAAAUGGUUCAGUUUUUUUUAUAUCCUAGUGUAUUUCUUACCAAAUUUUUACUAUGUCAAUGGGAAGGGGAAUAAAGAUUAUUCGAUACCCUAAAGUAGGUCCCACAGCCCUGACACACCUGGGCUGAUGUUUCCUCUAGAAAGAGGCAUUGAGUCAGACAGUGGCAUGGCUUUUGUGGGGAAAGGGCUGGUUUAAUCCCUCCAAGGGGUUUCAGAGACCAAGCCAUCAGGUUCAGCUGAGUCUAGGUAGGCUCAGAAAGAUCAUAUAUAUGGGCUGAGCUCCUUCUUGGAAGUAGAGAGUGGGGUUUGCUGAUUGGAAGCAGGACGUGGGUCUCUGGACACAUUUGACUUGUCCUACAUAUGUUUUGUUUUGGUUACAGAGCUGAGUUUUUCUUGUUGAGAGGAUUUUUUUGUUUUGUUAUGUUAUGGAUAAAAAUAUGAAGAUUCAGACUGAGCUAUCUGGAUCCAUGAUUUCAAAGCACAGACUUUUUGAAGGACAAACAGAGUUAUCACUGAUUGAAUUUCCAUCAGAGUUGUUUCUAGAGUUUCUAGAAGUG